AUGAGCAUUGCUCUUCGUUCAUACAAGCUAGUAAUAGGGCUUAUAGUGCUUCUGGGGUUAACAGGUAUAAUAGAGGUCUUUUUGAAUUCGUCUCUCAAUACCUUAAACGAUGGAAACUCUAAACUAGAUCCAAAACCAAUAACAUCACCGGGGCACGACGGAGACAACGGUAGGGGCGAUAACGGUGGGGACGACGAUGAGAGUUUACCAUUCUGUUCCGUGGUGAAUCCGAUCACGGGUAGUUUCAUAGAUUUAUCAUGGCUCUCGAGCAAUCCAAAUGAAAGUCCGAACGGAGGUGACAGAAAUAGACAAGAUCAGUCGAAAACAAGAUGGCUAGUGAAGGGUUGGGAAUACAAUACAAACUUUACGUUAGGAAUUUGCUCAUCAUCGGUUGGAAAGGAGUUGGAAGAUAAACUUAGCGAUACCACUGGUGCAUAUUACGUGGAUCACAACAAGCCAGACCAUUUCAUUUCCAUUGGGGAGUAUAGCAGCAAGCCGCGUUUUACCGGCAAGAAGCUUACAUUGACGUAUGAAAAUGGGGAUACUUGUCCGAAUGGAGUUGACAAGAAGAGCACAUUAAUCAACUUUAUAUGUGACAAGGAGGUUCCUACGAAGGCUCAAGUAAGUUUUGUCGGGCAGCUACACAAUUGUUCAUACUUUUUCGAGGUCCGUAGCGUUCAUGCUUGUCCGAUAUCCAAUGUUGGUAACGACAUCAAUGCUGUGGGUAUAUUCGCCAGCAUAGUGAUCGUUUUUCUGUUGAUAGAGAUUAUGAGACGUGUUGUAUAUGAAUUACUUGUAGUCGAGAGAAGGCGACACAUUGACAUGGACAAUAUGGAUGAGGUGGUCAGAUGGGCGAAUGCUGAGCAGGAACCAUUGUGGAAGAGAGUUCUCAAGGGGAUACCAUUAUUUUCAGAGAAAAGGAACAGCAGACAAGCUGUGCGGUUAAGAACGAGAGAAAACACUGCGCUAAGUAUCGAUAUGGAGCAGCAGAACGAAUUACUAGACAGUUUAGACGUAGACGCGGACGCGGACGCAGAUAGCACGGACUGA